GGAAACUUGUAAUCAGACGGUUUGUGUUGGUUUGUACGUGACGGACGUGUCAGGCUUUUAUCACAGUAAGUCAGGACCAAACGUAUCGCACCCCACGCUGAUAUAAAACACUUCACUCGAUCGGUUUGUUUACUAUUUCUAACUUUCAACAUCCCGGAACCUGUUCGGUCACAGUCACGUGUCUGAAGAAGCUACAGUAGUCUGAGAUUAGUUUCUCUCUGUGUGGACUAGUAAGAGCACCAGAGUGGAAUCAUGCGUGGCCUCGUCUGUGGACCUAAACUCGCCGCAUGUGGGAUCGUGAUGAGCAUGUGGGGAGUUGUCAUGUUGGCCUUGCUGGGCAUCUUCUUUACAACACAUUCAGCAGUACUGAUUGAAGAUCUGUCUUUGACAGAGGAAGACACAUUUAAAGAUUUAAAUCCACCUCACAGGGUCUAUGACGUGUACCAGAAGGUGGGCUACAACUGCUUCAUCGCAGCUGCUAUGUAUCUAGUGUGUGGACUGUUCUCCUUCUGCCAGAUGAAGCUCAAUCAGAAGAAGGAGUAUCUCGUGCAGUAGCGCCACCUGGUGGAAGGAUACCCUCCAAGCAGCCCACUGACAGCAGGGACGGCUGUGUUGAUUCUGUCUUCUUUCUUCUGUCUCAGGAUUUCAGGGACCUUGUCAAAGGGGACGAGGUCGGACACUUUGUCGCCAAAGUGCUGCUCAUAGUUGGGUUUUUCUCUGUAUCUAUGAAGCGCCUUUUGUUGUGAUUUGGCGCUAUAUAAAUAAAAUUGAAUUGAAAUUGAAUUGAACAAAAAGUAAUUUGACUUGUUAAUUCUAAGAUUACCUCUGAUUACUGUGUUAUAACUGUUUGAUUACACGAGUCAGAUCGAAAUAAAAGCUGUAAAACACUUUGGUGUACUUCUU